UGGCACCCGCGAGAUCCACUGCUAACUGUACCUUACCUUUGGAGAGUGCCUCUAAACAGUGCCACCAUGUGUUUACUGUAUAUAGUGUAAAUAGUGCCGCACGUGCAUCAUACGAGUGGAAAUGCCUCAGACAUACAUACUUGCAAUGCGCAAAAUCAGUAGAAAAUGGUAACUAAAAGUGGCUCCAUUCGCCGAGCAGAGAGACCCAUAGGAGUGAAGUGAUCGGAACUAUAUCGGAGAGUAGGAAUGGCACCGAAAAGCCGAGCGCUGCCAGUGCCGAGCGUGCCCGAGGUGUGAGACGUGGCCUGGGGGCAUGAGGCGAGGGCAUGGCACCAUGAGCUGGUGUGCGGCCACGAGGAACCCCUCUCCCGCGAGCCCGCUGGGGCGCCUCCGAGCAAGAUGAAACCGCUGCGAUCUCAAGUUAGCUUUAGUAAGGAUAGGAACUUCACGUUUCGUCGCAAAACCGAGAGUUUCAAGGAGAAGAAAGAUGAAGACAGCGAUAAGGAGAAGGAAAAGGAGAAAGAGAAGGAGAAGAGUAAAGGCAAAGACAAGGAGAAAAAGGGCGACGGCCACCAGAUAACGUCUGCCAUCGCCUCGUCGCUCGCCGCGACGCUGUCGCCAUUCUCAUCGUUUGUCACCUCCCAUUCCCCCCGGGGCAGCCGCAAGCCGUCCCCGAGCCCCACGGGUUCUCGCAGGUCGAGCCCCCCCUCCCCCAGGGUGCAGGAGUCCCCGCACCAGCACCCCCUCCUGCCCGUGCCGAGGACCAACUCCUUCUCCCACCGCUCGAUCCCCCACGCGCCGCACCCGAAGGCCAGGACCAACUCCUUCAACAUCCCCAACUCGUCCUCCUCGUCGUCGCCGAGGACCUCGUGCUCCCCCGCCAAGCUGUCCUCGAGGGCGUCCUGCUCCCCGCUCCCCUCCAGCAGCCCCAGCAUGUCCCCGAGCGCCUCCAGCCCCUCCCUGAGCCCCACCACCAGCAGGUCGGAGAGCUCGUCCUCCGUCAGCGACACCACGGACGAGGACCCGCCGCCGCCCAGGCUCGCCCACGGGGGGUGCCGACCCAAGAUCCGGGUCUCCUCGGAGGACGACGACAGCGCGGAGCCCUCGCCGCCCGCCGGGGACGAGGGCGGCGACAAGGGGAGCGGCGGGGGCGAGAAGAAGGCCAAGAUCCCCCAGGAGCCCCGAGUGCUUCCCUACAGGAUCGAGGAGGGCUGGGAGCUGCGCCACGCCACGGACACAGUGGCCAAACACAGAUUAAGUUUAUUCACAGAUUUGUUAAUUGAUAUCCAGGGGACACCAAUGCUAUCCCCGCUCCUAGCAAGACCUGUCGCUAUUGCUUUGAUAUCAAAAGAGAAUUAA